AUGGUCUACUACUUCACAUCAAAUGUGGUCUCCCCCUCCGCGUUUAUAUACGUCGGCAAGGACAAGUUCGAGAACGAGGAUCUAAUCAGUUACGGUUUGGACGAGGAUUUCCACGUUGAUAAUCUAUCGAGUGCCCACGUUUACGUCCGCCUACGCGAAGGAGAAACAUGGGACAACAUCGAAGGACCACUUUUAGAAGACUGCGCGCAACUCACAAAGGCCAAUUCCAUUGAGGGUUCGUGUAAACUGCCCCGGGUGCUACCGAGAAUAUCGCGGGAGAACCAACUACACAUCGAAAGAGGAAACCAAUGGGGGGCUAAUUAUCAACGUCACGCAGGAAACAAAAAAGACAACAUCACAAUCAUCUACACACCAUGGUCCAAUCUCAAAAAGGACGGCUCAAUGGCCACAGGCCAAGUCUCCUUCCACAACCAGAAACUAGUCCGCAAGAUCCUAGUCCGUGAGCGCGAAAAUGCGAUCGUCAACCGACUGAACAAAACCCGAGUCGAGAAAUUCCCUGACCUUCGCACCGAGAAGGAAGAAGCCGCGAAGAAGAAGCGGAAUAGCGAGCGCAAGUCGCGCGAUCAGCGGAUGGAGAGGGAGAAACUUGAGAAGAGGGAGCGGGAACAGUUGAAGUGGCAGAAGGAUCAUGCUUAUGAUGAUAUGUUUAGUGAUGAGGCUAUGAUGAAUAGCAGUAAUCAGGAUCGUGGGGAGGAUUUCUUGGAUGAUUUUAUGUGA